GUCAGAGAGUAAACAAUUGAACAGCGCACGCCGCCAGGGACGUAAACAGGCAGACCAGUUGAAAUUUUCUCGGAAUGAGUUUUUAGUGGAAACUGCGUAAUACUCCGCCUGCAAAAUGUCUGAAGGUGCAGGGGGAGAUGGAAACCCUUUGUCGAACGGUUCCUUCUCGGGAGCCAAAUCUAAGAGGAGUGUAGAUAGUGACGACAAUGACAAUGAUGAAUGUGCCAACCAACCUGACUUGGGGUUAGGAAGUCAACCCCAGACAAGCAAGAGAACCACAAACGAGUGUCAAUCAGGUCCCAGUGAGGCGCCCCGGAGAGAAGAGAACCCGUUCUCAUUUAAACAUUUUCUGAGUAGAGAAAAUGCCAAUGGUCAAGGUGCUGCACAUAGUACAGGUGCCAAACCCAAGGUUUUCACCAGCCCUACAGUGCCUCACCCUCCCGACUUAGAAUAUAACCGAAGUGCUCCAACAAGAAAUUUUGCUACCAAUCCAGACUUGGCCUCUGCUUUACCAGAUUUUGUACAAGAUCAUUUGGUGGUUGAGCAAUGUUUUCUCCGAGAUGCUGCUUCUUCGGCGCUCUCUGUUGACUUAGAUAAUCUACCAGACUUUGCUGUAACGCAAGACUCUGCCAGUAACACUUCUGGGAACUCAAGGUCACGCCAAACUAGUUACAAUAAUUAUAGCAGAAGAAGGGAAAGAAACCAGCACAAUGGAAUGGAAGGCAUUCCCCUUGACUUACCCAGUGUGUCAAGCCCCCCAUCUGUUGUGGAAAUGGCUGGUGCUGCAGGUGGCUUGCCAUUUGACCUUCCGCUGGUUCGGGAUGCCAACGGUGUGAAUGCGACUGGAAGCAGUAGCCCCUCCGGAAGUCCCAACCAACCCUCAGUUUCAAAAAGUCUUCCCGACUUCCUGUCUGAUGGACCGAUUAGAGGAGGCCAUCUUCCGCCUGCAGAUGUAACAGCUGAAGCCAGUGGAGUUUCUCAAAAUCAUGUUGCUGAGGACAUGUACCAAACUGAGAAUGAAAGACUGAGAGCUGAGGUUGAUGUUUUAAGGGGUCAGAACACUGAACUUUCUCGAAGGGUGCACUCCUUACAAUCAGAAGUGAGAACUCUGAGAGCCAAAGAGCAUGAAGAUACGGUUACAAUGGAGAAAGCGAUUGAGCAGGCGGAGGAAAAUAUACAAAGAACUGUGAAAAGAGCUGUUAAUGCAGAGAAUAUGGUUUCAAAGCUGAAAGCUGACCUGAAACAGAUGCAGUCUGAAUUGAGAAGAGCUCAGCAGGAUUACUGGGAACUUAGAGGACGUGAAGGUGGUUCGAGCAGUGGGGCUUGUGGUGGUGUUGGAGUUUCGGGCUCCUCAACCCCCUCCAGUUCCAUUGAGCAGCAAGUUCAAAUGCAGAGAUUCGCUCAGGAGCUGAAAGCAGCUGCAUCUACAGCAGAAACGUCUCUUCGACAAUUACUAUCAGGUGUUGACAAUCUUCGUCUCUUAGCAUCAACCAUGGAAACUGUUAAUAGAGUGGAGGAUCGGACCAGAGAUUAUGUAUCUGAUUCAGAUGAGGCUACAGGACCUACUCUCUGAAUUUAAAGCACCUUUUCGCCAGGAGAGUUGAAGAUCUGAUGCGUAGAGUCCUAUAAUGUAACCGGUGGUAUUCAAUUAUUAAACUCUUUAUUUUAUUUUCAAGGUCUUUACUUGAAGAAAAUUUUAUAUUUGUAUUUUGAUAUGUUUACCUGACAAGGGUCUGCUUUCUCACAAGUCUUAUUUCUAAUAAGCAUAUGUAGCAAAGCUUUGAUGAUGGAUUGUGAAAGGGUGUAUUACUUGAAUUCGUCUAUAUUCAUUCAUUAUCCUGAUGUCAUCAUGACUCCUGCCUCGUGUUUUUGAGGUUUUUACCCCAGGUACAAUUGGGUUAUUUCAAUAUAUCUUGAGCUGAGUACCAGAGAAUGUCAGUGUCUUCUCACUGUGCAGUAUUGCACAUGUAGCAUUUAUUUAACUUAAAUCUUUUAUUAACUUCUCUAGUCUAUGUGUUCUCAAUGUAAUAUGGAGCCAUGAUAAAAAUAAUGAAUCUGAAAGCACUUUUAUGUCAAUUAUAGCUAUGGAUAUGCCUUAAAACGUUAUGAGCACCUCUGGGUUAGUUAUUGUUUAGGAGCAGACAAGUGGUUCAUUUUACCAAUAGGCUUUGAGGAGAGGAAAGAGUGACGUUUUCUUUUGUAAAAACUGCCAUCAGAAGGCGAGGGUGUUAAGUCAAGACGAACAUUUUGAGAGUUCAGUAUUGCCAGAGAAGUAGUAAAAAAGGUCAAAAUCCUAAAGAUGAUUUGUGAUGGAAGCAUCUUUGCCUCUCUCCCAAGCAAUCGCUUACUACAUCUGUUGAAUCAUUACCUACUUUUCUGGCAACACUGAAGGUUAUAGACAUUUUAUCUAAAAAAAAUAUUUUUCUACUCUUACAAUAAAAAGGGCCUUAAUUUACUCUUGACCAACUUUUGGGGAAAGGAAAUGGCACCUUACCCUAAGUUUUUGAGCCAAGAUUUUAUGUAGAAAUCCUGUUUAAACUAGUGCCUAACCCUCUGUAAUCUUGUGUUACAAAUGACUUCCUAUUAUCCUUUUUCUUUUCUGGACUUCUGGUGCACACUUAUAGAUAAAUAUGUUAUAUUAACUGAUGAGAAGAUUCCCCCUACAAUCAAAGUGUCAAGCUUAUGCAUGUGUCAAGUAAAUAUGAUAAUUUUGUCAAAGCAGUGGGGUCUGAUGAAGUUUGACACCACUCCGGAAUAUUAAUGAUGUUGGCUGUGAUCUGUUGCAAAUGUGAUCUAUGUAUUUGUGCUUUGCAUCACUUUUUUGUUUUAAGUAGAGCAAUAAAAUUACGCAAACAAUA